GAGGUUCAGUGUAAACAAAACCUUCGAGCGGGACGGCUGUGUGCUCGUCGCCUCCCAACCAGCAAAAUCCCCCCUUAAGUGUACAAAUUCCAACUGUGAUAUUCCCGCCGAGACCCUGAGGCCAGACCUUCCUCUUUGCUCCAUUAUUAUUAUCCCCCUCCAAAAAUCAAGGAAAAACGAAAUACAAUCCUAUUCCUUCACUUUUCCAAACGGUCUUCAAUCCAAACACGGCCUCCUCGUCUGUGUUUGUCUGUUUUUAUUAUUGAUUCCCGCCGUGCCUGCCUCUAUGCCGUCGCCACAGCCAGGCCCCGCGUCCGCCGUGCCCGCCCUCCCCUUCCCCCUGGUUUGCUAAGCACGGACGGACAAAACGACAAGAUGCAGUAACUCACCCGAUCGUCCGCAGGUGGCGGUGCAGCGGCGGUGGCGGUGGUGGCUGCUGCGGUGGUGGUGGAGGUGGUGGUGGUGAGGAGGGGGACGACAACACCGGAGGAGGGGAAGACUCAACACCAGUAACAUCAACACCAACAACAACACCGGAAUGGCUACCUCGACGCAGUGGCCCUUUGGAGGUGGUGCUUGUGGAGGUGGUGGUGGUGCAGGAGGGGGCACCCAGGACCUGCUGACCCCCCUACUGGAAGCCCUGGCACUGGAGCCCAAAUACCAGCCUUCAUUGGCACUCCCACAGGUGGCUAAGCAGGACGGGGGCGAGAUCAGUAUGAGGAUGCGCAACGGGUCGGCCCACGUGCUGCGCUGCCUCAAGGUGUGGUACGACCUGCCGCCAGACACCUUCUUCAACGCCGUCAACAUCAUGGACCGCUUCCUCACGCGCAUGAAGGCCCAGCCCAAGCACCUGUCCUGCAUCGCCGUGAGCGCCUUCCACCUGUCCUGCCAGUUCACCCCCGGGUACGCACACCUGCGGGAGCUGCCCCAGGUGGUGCCGGACACGCGCGACCUCACCACCAUCUCCCAGUGCAAGUGCUCCUCGGGGGACGUCACACGCAUGGAACGCAUCAUCAUGGACAAGCUGGACACCGACCUCCGCUGCCAGCCCCCCGUCACCCCCCUCACCCUCCUGCGCCUCCUCUACGCCGCCCAUGGCCACCUCUCCGCCCCUCUGCUGGCCUCCGUGUCCCCUGCCUCCCCUGCCGCGCCCCCUCCCGCCUCCCUGACCACCCUUGUGCAUAAGCUGGAGAUCGUCGGGUGUGACUCUGCAGCCGCCACCUUCCGCCCGUGUGAGCUGGCCCUGGCGCUGCUGUCCCUGGAGUAUGGCCACGGGCAGGGCCACCAGGACCACCACCACCAGCAAGUUCACCAGGCCUGCAUCGCGCACCUCCAGGCCAUAUGCAAGGUGGGCUAUGAGAGCUUUGAGCAGUGCCGCAAGGUGGUGGGUGAGCUGAUGGACCAGUACGAGAACCAGCGCCACUCCCCUCACCGCCAGCGCCUCGUCUGGAAGCUGUCCAACCGCACCCUCCGGCAGCUGCGCCCCACCGACAAGUUCACCACCAGGCUGCCCACCAUCGCCGAGCGCCAGGGGCCCGCCAGACCUCCCAUCAUACGCAGAAGGAUGGACAGUGAGUGUUCAGAGAUGUACGUGUCCUCCGCAUCUUCGUCCGAGGAAGAGGAGAUGGAGUACGACUAUGACGAGGAGUUCCCGCCCCUCCCCACCCCUGCUGCCUCCCUCAAGUCUCCCCGGCGCUCCCCCAGCCAGCAGUCCCCCCACAGCAAGAAGACCCCAGCUUUCCUCCCCUACCCCCAGCUCAACCGCAAGCACAACAGGCUGGCAUAGCUCCCCUUCGCUUCCCCUCUCUUUCUCCCCAUUACCUCUUACCUUAUGCAUGCCUCAACACCUUACCCUUAGCCUUACCAUUCUCUCCCCUUAACGCCCAUCUCCCCAGCAAGCACAAUAUACUGGCUUAGCUCCCCUUCCCUUGUCUCCCCAUUACCUCUCCCCUUUACUCAGCACAAGACUGGUAUAUGUCCCCUCCCCAUCCUCCCUAUUCCACCUUUGUCUCCCUUCCUGCAAUUCAUCCCCAGCCUUCUCCUUCCCCACCCACAAGCAAGCACAGUCUCCCUGCUCCUCCCCCCUUUGCUGUGUCCCCAUCUCCCCGUACCCCUUCCUCCUAUUAGCUUGUCACCCCUGUUGCCUCCCCUUCCCCAGCAAGCACAAUUGAGUGGUAUUGCUUCCCCUAUUCCUCCCCAUCCUCCCCUCCUGCCUCCUUCCCUUCUCUUCGCUUGCCCCUGGAAGAAAAAGAAGUUGAACGGAAGAGGGUUUUGGGAUGUGUGCUGAAUGUUUGCUUGAAGGAUUUCGCACUAGAAGAAAUGCAAGAUAGAAGCAACAUACAGUCGAAUGAAGAUGAAGAAGAAGCAAGGUCUAGGACACAUGAGCCACCCCAAGUAAUCAUUGCAGAAACAGAGAGAAGAAAUACAGAAGAGGAUGAAUUGAUGGACAUGAAGACAGCAGGGAGAGGGGAAGGGAGAAGAAAGAGGAGGAGGCCAUUGGAAAGCAAGCGAGCAAAGAAGGGAAUACGAGAAGCAAGGAAAGGGGAAGGAAGAAGGAAGAGGAGGCAGUCGGAAAGCAAGUAAAGAAGGGAAUAACGAACGAAAGAAAAGGGGAAGGAGAACGGAAGAAGAAGAGGCAGUUGGAAAGCAAGUGAGCAAAGAAGGGAAUAAGAGAAGCAAGGAAAGGGGAAGGAAGAAGGAAGAGGAGGCAGUCAGAAAGCAAGUAAAGAAGGGAAUAACGAAUGAAAGAAGACAGAAAGAAAAGGGGAAGGAGAAUGGAAGAAGAGGAGGCAGUUGAAAAGCAAGCAAGCGAAAAAGGGAAUACGAGAAGGAAGGAAGAAGGAAGAGGAGGCAGUGGAAAAGCAAGCCAUUAGAGAAGGGAAUAAGGGGAACGAAUGAACAAGCGAAUUAACGGCAUAUCAAGAGGGAAAUGGGUAAAAAGGCAACGCUUAUUCACUACCAUAUAACAACUACUACUACUGCUACUACUGCUGCCACUUUGCUUUUCUCAGGAGAGGAACGACAAGCAGAAAGAACUUAUUAACAACUAUAAUUUCACCUAUUUAUUAGCUAUUGUUAUUUUUUUUCUCUCAUCUUCUUCGGGUGGUGUUCUGUCUGUCCGUCUGUGUCUGGUCUGGUGUUUGUUUCUCCCCCCCAGACGAGUAUUGCGUUUGAGUGGCAGCGGUUUAUGUCUGAAUCGCUGUUUUACUCCACUGGAUUGAUUGAUUAGGCGGCCGGUGGUGUGUGUGAGGGGAAGGAAGGAAGGAGGGAAAGGGAAGAGGAAGGAAAGAGAGAAGUGACAUUGGCUUCUUAAUCCUCUCCACUCCCUUUCUCUCCGUUCCUUUCUUCCUCUCUCUCCUCCCUUCCUAGGUCUCGAUGUUUCUUGUUUACACUCCCUCCUUCACCCUUUAGUGUCUUUCCCCGACUCACCAUAUUCCCCUUGCUCCCCCAUAACACACACACACACACACACAGACACACACAUAUGCAAUACUUCCCUCAUUGCACAAAUCAGUACCACAUGAAGAGGACUUUUAUUUAUUUUGCCACAGUCCCCCGGUGACCCAUAACCAACAAACACACGUACACACAUGCAUAAGUACAUCUCCCCUCAGCCCCCAUGCCAGGCAGACAUGGCCCCCUUGAGGCGCCGUGUCCCGCCCGGCUUUUAGUGUCGUCAAUAACCGGUUUUCUUCCCGUCUCUGGUGACUUAGUGACCAUCUAAGUGAUAUUGUGAAGGAGUAACUUUGGCUGACGUGAUUUUAUUUUCAUUUUCUUGUGGCUCGGCACGGCGCCCCCCUCCCCCUCCCCUUAGUGGGGUGCCCGUACGUGCGUUGCUGGAAAAAUGCUAAAAAAAAGUUACUUUAUUGGAUGUAUGUAAUAGUGUAAUACUGUAGCUUUAUUCAGCAUCUCCUUCAAGAAAAGUACAAAAAAAUCAUAAAAUUACAAAACCAUAACAAGUAAGGUUAUACUGUAAUGACCUUUUCCAUUUAUGUACUAAUAAUCUCUUUGGGUCCUGCCCGGCCAUAGAGCAAGAGUGGGCGUCGCCGCCCACCGCUAGUCCCUAGUCAGUAUUGUUCUGUGCCGAGCAGCGCCACACGUUAGGCCACACGGAGCGUAGCGUCUCGACACAAGGCUGUGAUACCCCCGGACAGUGGCCGGCGCCUGCUGCACCAACCCCCAUGAGGGGCACGCCAGCCAGGCCCCCAGCCAGCCAGCGGCGGCGGGGCCGGCGUGCUGCGGCCUGGUAGCCGGCAGGGCGCGGCGGUGGAGGGCGGGGGACAGACGGCCGCCGAGCGACGGACACCCCCGUGGGGCGACGAGUCGCGGCGGCCCUGUCCUGCCCCGCCCCGCCACCGCCGCUGCCUCAGUCUGUAGCAGAAAAAAAACUAUUUUGAGUUAAUACUUAUUGUUUAGGGCCACUCCUGGCAGCAGUGCGGCUGGCCGGCCCGGGUGGCCUGCUGCGGCAGCUGCAGCGCCCCGGUGGGCCCGGCCGCACCGCUGCUCACAGUUAUAUUUUUUAUGUAGAUAUAAAGUGUAUCGUGUACAGGUGUAAGUUAUUGUGAAGGAUUUAUCCAAGCCUCGGGCAUUUGACAACAACCCAAAGAGCCAAAAACUACAAAAAAAGGUAUAUAAUGUAGCUGAUUCUUGUGUCAUACACACAGUUGUCUGCCUCUACACAACAAAAAUGAAAUAAAAGAUGCAUAUUUUUGUAA